CAGCAUUUAACCAAUAGAAUUUCUAAUCAUAGCUUGCUGUGGUUGUUAUAGGAUGAUAUGUAACCGAAGGUAACACGAAAUGAAAUAAUAGCAUUUGGAUUUUACAACUCGACAAAUAUCUCACAAAUUUCAAAGGCGUUACCAUACUAAUCAGCACCAUGUCGGAGAGAAAAGCUGUCAUCAAGAAUGCCGACAUGAGCGAGGAAAUGCAGCAAGAUGCUGUCGAGUGCGCCACUCAAGCCAUGGAGAAGUUCAACAUUGAGAAGGACAUCGCUGCAUACAUCAAGAAGGAGUUCGACAAGAAGUUCAACCCCACAUGGCAUUGUAUUGUCGGUCGCAACUUUGGCAGCUACGUCACCCACGAGACCAAGCACUUCAUCUACUUCUAUCUGGGACAGGUGGCUGUUCUCCUCUUCAAAUCAGGAUGAACAAUGCUGAAAUAAGAAGACAAUGGAUAAAGUUACGGUUUUAGUGUCAAGUGCACAAGUCUAUUUACUCUGUCAUCUUGGAUAAAAUGUGAAUGUUACCUGCUCAUAAACAUCUUGCUUAAGUACCUCAACUUCUGGAGAUUAUUGAAAUACAAAACAUUGUUUCAGUAUAAGUAAACCAAGCUUGCUCCAUGAACGGAUGGAAGCCAGCAUUAAUGAUUAUGUGAGUCAAACAGUUACAGUUGUGCUCCUUCAGUGGGAUUUAAAUUUAUAACGUAUACAUUUCGUAUGGCUAAAUGUAACGUACGUCUUUGCAACGUCUUUGUUCGGCCUUAAAAUUAGUGAUAUUGUUUCUUUGAGUACAUAAUUUAGGUUCAGAGCUACAGAUAAGCAGCGUGUUUGCGUAAAAUACACCCCAAAACUAUUCAAAAAGCAAUUUUUUUUUCAAUUAACUUGCGUACAGAAACGCAUGCAUUAAAUGGAAAACUCAUAAACUCAAUUAAAGUAGAAACCUUCGAGUAAAAACUCUAUUGCUCAAAAAGUUAUCUGGAGCUCUGUAGGUUAUUUAAUAAUUGACGUAAAUUCUUCUACGUUUAUGGGGGUAUAAAUGUGAAAAAAGGUGUGCAGUUUGUGUGAAACAGGUUUCUACAUUACUACCGCCACAAACCCAAAUAUAUUGAAGUCAAUUCUUUUUGAUAAAUAAGUUAACAAUAAUAACUUCACAAAUUGAUCAUUUAAUCAUGAACACAAACAACUGUAGACAACCAUACGAAAUCUGUGACACCAUUUAGCUCAAUAAUGCACAACAAUAAGAACAAUUGCUUGGUUAGCCUGUCAAAUGACAUAAAAUCACUUGGUAUUUAUAUAUUAUGUAAUCAACCGCAUGAUUGAUACACAUCAUAUAAUAUGACUGUUCGGGUUACAAAGUAGGUAUUGAAUUAUUUAUAUCAAACUUACUAGGUCAGAUGUGACGGGCUGGUAGCCUUGCGGUCAAAGCGUUCGCUCGUCACACCGAUGACCAGUGUUCGAUUCGCGACAUGGGUACAAUGUGUGAAGCUCAUUUCUGGUGUCACCCGCCGUAUCUUAUGCUGAAAGUGGCGUAAAACCAUACUCACUCACUCACUCACUCACUCACUCACUAGGUCUGAUUCUAGUUCUUCGUUGACACGCUCACGUGUCCAUAGACUGCAUGUUUAUAUUCUUGUGUUAGCCGUUGCUUGCCAAGAUUUGACUAUUCCUAGAUAUGACAACUUGUACGAUUUAGUAGCAUUGUAAUACAGCCAAGCAGUUACACAAAACAAAAUGCUCAUCUAAUGAGGAUAAUACUUUGUGCGUUUAAAAUGAAAAUUAUGUCCAUUAUCAUUUCUUCAUUAUCAUGUGUUUCCUUGAAACAUGUUUGAUCUCAGUUUUCAACAAUGUUGGCAGAUGGUUGUUUUAUGUUUGACGUUUUGUUGUAAAAUGUUGACGUGUAUGUUUCUAAAGUAAGACCACCCCAAGUUCAAAAUCACGUCAAACAGAAUUUAGUUACCACCUCGACGAAAACCCAUUUCAUAUCCUGCCAACAUGCAGCCAAUGAAAAUAUUCAAGGAUAUAUUUAUCUUUUUUAUCUCAAUCUGUUGUUUAUUUACCUAUUGUUAUGUUUGGAGGAAAAUAAAUAGUUAUACCUAACUUUGUAUCAAUAUGUA